UCAUUCUUUUUAAAUUUGUCUAUCUCAAAAAAAGGAUAAUAACAAUAAAGAAAAAGAAAUUGUCAUCGAUUGAUUGAUUGCUUAAAAAAGAGAAAAGAAGAAAGAAAAAAAGAAUAUGACGGCCGACAAGAUUUGCGUAAUGUACAGAUGUCGCAAAGGAGUGCCGGUGAAAUACCAAUUUUGUAACGUUCUGCUUAUUUCAAUAAUUCCAUGGCUUCUUCAUUCUCAGUAAUCCACAAAUUACACCUGAAAUUUUCGUCCGCCGAGGGAGAUGAAAGCCGACCCAUUUCUCGAUCAAAGAGUUCGUUCACACGUCGUUAUAGAGAAAUCCACCAACCCUUUAAUGGUGACCGUACGAUCUUCCUUCUCAUGAGCUGUUGCGUUGGUUGAGCCUCUGAUUGAGGGCGGGAAGAAUAUUUUAAGGGUUUUUUUUUUUUUUUUUUUUUUAUUUGUCUCUUUAAAAUUAUUUUCAUUGGGAAUUUUUGGGAGAAAAAAGGCUGGUGAUGGGCCAUGGCCAAUCCACAUUGCAACAACCACUUUUAUUCUCUCAGGAUUUGCCUUCAUCUUUACUACUACGACUUCACAAAGCUGGACCAGUUGUCGACUGCCCUUCUCUUUCAAAAUUGGAAUGGCUAUGCUUUAGAAGUUUAGAACUGUUUCUUCAUUGAUUUCUUCUCCAGCCUUUUCCUUUUCUCUGGUAUAUCUAUUCUUCACCCUCCAUUUUUUCCCUUUUAAUAUCACUUACAUUUCUAUGUUGACAUUUGAGGUAUGGAAUAUUGUAUUGGGUAAGAAAUGGUAGAUCUGGAAGUCUUAGAAGCUUACUGAUGGGGAAAUUUAUAAGUUCUAGUGCUUGUUGCGCUUGUUUAGGAUACAAGCACUUCGUUUAAAGAUGGGUUCUGGACGUUGGUUUAAGGCAGUAAUUCGCUUAAAAAAAGUGAAAACCAGCAGUUCGAAACAAACUAAGGAGAAAUUGGAUGAUUUGCAAAAAGAUUCCCCAAGGUUUAAAAAUGAUGGUGCUAAUGGGAAGAGUAAGUCUUUUGGGAUGCCGAUUGAAGAUGUAGCUGCAGUUCGAAUUCAGACAGCAUACCGAGCAUAUCGUGCCAGGAAAAAUUUACGUCUCUUGAAAGGGGCCUUCAGACUGCAGAAUCUGACUCAAGGUCAUUCCGUUAGAAAGCAUGCUACAUCUACACUAGGUUAUCUUCAUUCAUGGAGCCAUAUACAGGCUCAAAUUAGGGCUCGUCGACUUUGUAUGGUGACAGAAGGACGACAGAGACAAAAAAGAUUAGAAAAUCAACGAAAACUUGAAGCUAAGCUUCAUGAUAUAGAGGUGGAGUGGUGUGGCGGUGCAGACUCCAUGGACGGGAUUCUUUCAAGGAUACAUGAUAGAGAAGAAGCAGCUGUUAAGCGCGAGCGUGCUUUGGCAUAUGCAUUCUCACAUCAGUGGAGAGCAAACUCUAAUGAGAUGUAUGGGUUGGGUAAAGAUGAACUUGGUAAAGCCGAUUGGGGUUGGAGCUGGAAAGAACGAUGGAUAGCUGCUCGUCCAUGGGAAAGCCGUGUACCAUCUCAGUUUGUUAGUCCAAAGAAAUCUACAAUCAGACAAUCAAGCAAAGUCAGUAAGAGAAACUCACCAUCCCCUAAAGCACGAGGUCCAGUUAAGCCUCCUUCCCCGAAUGGGAAAUCAUCUGUAAAGGCUCGGAGAUUGUCUUAUCCAGCAACCGAGAAAACCGAGAAACUGCCUACACAAGAAAAAGGUGUCAAAGAAAGCAUUAAAAAUGACAAGAAUGACAAAGGGAACACCAAGAAAGAAGAAACAACAUCCUAAUGGAUGCCAUUUAUAGAAUGCAAAACGUGUUCAUAUUUUAUCAAAGAAAGCCAGAGAAGAAAAUAAAAAAUGUAGAAGCCAUUUGUUUUCUGUAUGUCAUUUCUGAUGAUGUUCAUUCAUUGAGUGGUGUGAGGUAAUAUAUUAUUGGCAUGCAGACUGACCCCCAUGUCAUUAUUUCUUAUGUCCUUUCCUUUUCUUGUUAUGUAUAUUUGAAAGAAAAAGAAAGUAUUACCUAAGUUAUAAUGUAUAUGAUAUGAACAGUGUUGAUGAUUUUGAUAUUAUUUGGUAGCUUGAGAUUGUUAUAUAA